AUGAAACGUGUGAGUAAACAGCCCACACCAAAAGGGCAGGAUCUGUACAACACCACAAAGACGCGGGUGGAUGAAAUUCUGGAGGAAGUGGAUCCAGAAGAUGAUGCCAUCAUGGAAGAGUUGGCUGAAUUGCUCAAGGACCUCGACAAGUACAAUUAUUCUGUCACUACCAAAAAACAACACCUAGACAAGCUUAUCUCUCAAGGUUGUGAAGGAGAGAUUGAGAUAGUGGUUUUUGACCCGGUCAACAUAAGGAAGCACAGGGAGCGUGGAAGAAACAUCACUUCUUCCCCACAGAUACUCACCAAGCGCAAAAGAACCAUUGUUCAUUACAAAGAACCACGUGUGGGGAAGGCCAAGGGCCAAAAGAAAGCAUACAAGAGCACCAAAACAAAUACUGCAUUCGACAAGGACGCCAUUGAAGAGGAUCAACUCCAAAAUGACGAAUCAAACACAUCAGAUCACCCCACGCCAUUAGUAUUCAAUGAUAGCCACAUGGACCUGAGUAAAAUCAUCAAAGGUGUCACCCCUCAUGAAGUAGUCUGCAUCACCUCUUUCGCCAUUCUCCUACCGUCCCAUCAGUUUAAUUGGGGACGUGCUUUGGGAGCUAGUGUUAGGAAUAUCAUACACUGUUUAGGUCAUGCCUUACCUCCUGUGAAGGCUACUGGGUCUCUUAGAUCCUUGGAGCUUCACGUGGUCAAAUUAAAAGAGAUAUGCAACCAUAAAGACAUGAUAAACUUUCUAAAGACAGAACUGACCACUUUUGUUGAUGGGGCAGCACCUAACCUUCUGCAGCUAUCUGCGGCAAAUCAAUUCUUAACCCAGGAUUCUAUCAAGUGGGAACUGCUCAAAGAAUCAACCAAUCAUCCGUGGUCAAAAAGGAAUGGAGUCUUUCGAGCCUUGCAUUCAAUGGCUUGUAGAACUGACGACACUAUCCAAUGGACAUCUGAGUCUAGUAUCAAUAAUAAACUCAAAUGUGCCUAUCUCACCAUCAGGCAGAUUCUUUUGGACUCCAUUGGUGUGAUAUCUUAUCACACUGGACACAAGACCAUCCAAAUUCAUACAACUGGUGUCAAUGCAGUCCCCGAUGACAUGGUGAAUUUAGCUAAGGGGAUUGGCUGGGUUUAUCAGCAAAUCAUGAUACGUGAUCAAGUAGAGGAGGAAAAUGAUUUGAAAAAGGUUCACAAGCACGGUAUUGCAUGGCUUCAAAAACGAUAUUUACAAGUCUUCUUGGGUGUUAUGGUUAUUUAUGAAAAUGAAAUCUACAACCAAAAGUUUGAAGCUUAUGUUCAGGAACCACGAUCGCAGGCGGACAUCAAGAAAGAAAAGAAAAGAAUCAAAGAAGCCUCUUGUCUCAAUCAGUUGUCUCAAAGCUGGGUCAAUCAUCAUCCUGAAAGAGUCCUCAAAGCUUCAAGUCAGACCAUUACAAAUACUAGUGACCUUGACAAACUCACUGAUGAUCAACAAAGAGUCCAGGCUGUGCGUGACGCCAGUGAAACUCGCAGCAAUGCUCUACGGGCGCUCAGUCUAUUCCUCAUGUUUGGCACUGCUGGCCUUUUUCACGUUUGGACAAACCGCCGCGAGGUUCUACUACACGACUCCUCCUAUUUACUAAACUUGACAUCUAUUCUUGCUCUACGCCAUCACAAUUCAAAGGACAAAGACCCCAAUGCUUUCCUUGGACGUGCAUGGUGUCGCCUGGAUGAUUAUGUAAUUACGACACUUGGCCGAUUCCUCAACAACGAUGGCAAAUUCGUGGAAGACUUGGACUGGGCAGCAAUGACUGAGCGCCUCAAUGAUGAUUUUGAGGCUUCUAGGCUGACACCUCUGUUCAUACUAGAUCUUUAUGAAGAGCUCUUCACCCUGGGACGGAGCAGAACACCAGAAGGGUAUGAGGCGCCUCCAGUCAACUUUGCAGGUAGGAAAAACUUUCCAAACUUGACAAUUGAUUGCAAAAACUAUGAUCAUGAUUCUGGUUCAGAUGUUUCAUCUGGACUGUCUGAACCUGAGGAUAAUGAAAGUUGA